UACUGACACUGUCACUAAUACAGUAAUACUACUGACACUAUCACUAAUACAGUAAUACUAGUGACACUACCACUAAUACUAGUGACACCACCACCACCACCACUACCCCAUGAUAACACAGCAACAACUGGACUCCCUCACCAACGAGUUCUACAUCCUCCAUCUUCUCUACUACCGCAGUAAAAAUCAACAUCAUCAAUCAGUAUGGUGGAAGUACUUAGACAUCAUUCAUCGUAAAGUCAGAACCAUAAUCAAAUUAGCCAUAGAUAUACGACGAAUCAAACUGACACUGAAACAGAAACAGACUCAAAAAUACUCCCAAAUCAUUCAUCUCAUUCAUCAUCUCACUAAAGUAUUCCCUAAAGCGUAUUAUGAAUUUAAUACCAUAAUCUCUUUAGGACAAUUCAUCAGUUUAGGGUUUACAUUAGUGGCAUUAGUAUGUAAAUUAUCAGCUAUAUUAUCAGAUAUUGCUGGUACAAACAGUAAACUAAUACCUAUAGCUUCUACUACGGUUUCUACUACGGUUUCUACUGCUACUGCUACUGCUACUGCUGAUGAUUUAGGUGAAGAAAUCACUUAUGAACCACUUCAACCUACGCUCCCUGAUCCACAAACACAGACUACUAAAUCCAUAUCCAAACCCAAAACUAAAGCUAAAAAGAAAAAGUCAAGUAAGAAAGCUAUUGAUGAUAUCUUUGGAGGUUUCUAAUUCUACAAUUUCUACAAUUUCUAAAAGUUAAUGACCUUUAUAAACCCAUAUAAAAAAGAAUUAAUUAUUU